AUGCUCGGCACAGCCCCCAUGACGAAGAAACGCUCGACGCCAAUGCACAUGACGGACAAAGAGAAACCAAGCCUGCCAAUGAAUGAACACACGAAACACUUACAACCCUCGAUAUCUGGACGAAAGAGGCGUCUUCGCAACCGUUCAGAGACCGCUUCUACACGAACUGGGGGAUCUUUUGGAGAUGCAGACAUUGACGACCCUAUCGUGAAGACGUCGUCUGAUAAUGACAGUUUGACAACGAGGCAGAAAAACUUAAUAAAGAGUUGGCAUGAAAAUUUUGCACAGCCCAAUACAAGUUCCAAAGAGCUGGGUGAAACUGCUGAAGCACUGGCAUACCUUACUCGGGCACAUCCAACUCUGGUCAACGAGUUCAUUUCAAGAUUGAACAUGGGAACUGCGUCUAAAGAGGAGUUUGUCGACACUCCACAUCCAGAUGUGAUCCGCUCGCCGACCCGGUAUAAACGCCUCCGCUCAGAAGCUUCGUGCAACAUCGCAAUGGCCAAUGCCCAUCUCCCCGCUCCAACACUCGCCCUUGUACAAAAUUACAUCGCAACCUGCCGCCGCCAACGCUCUCGGACUGAUGGCCGACGCACGGUAAACAAGGGCCCCUUCCGCUGCACCUUUGGCUGCGGUUACCACACAGCCCGCGUCUUUGAUUGGCGACGCCACGAGGAAACACACGAGCCGCAGGAACUUUGGCUUUGCAGUCUGUGUUACAAGUUCAACACGGAUAGCCCGUUCAUGGUGAGCCGCAAGGACAAAUUUCUACGGCACGCAAGGGAGAUUCAUAGCGAGGUGGAGGCGGAGAAGUUACUGGAUGAGAGUAAAGUCAAGUUCACGCCCAGAGGCGGCCUGAAGUGUGGGGUUUGUGGGGAAGAAUGUGGGAAUUGGGAGGACAGGUGCAGACACAUCUUGACACAUUUUGAGAAGGAGCAAGAAGGGAAGAGGGGGAAAAGAGGAAGUGACGGGGGUAGGGAGGUGAGGAAGGGUAAUAUCCGUGAGCCCAGGAGUAUUUCGGGUCUCACUUACAAGGAGAGUGAAGCGGAUUGA